CUCUUUGUAUCUGUCCACAGGUAAAACUAGGGAUAUCAAACCAGUCCACAGCAAUCCAUUGAAGCAAAGAACCACCCCAAGCGACAUCAGCCUAAACCUGUGACAAAACAUGGCACCAAACACCACUCUACUCCUCUGCCUGAGUCUUGGCCUCAUCUCGCUCGUCCAAGGCUAUGCCUUCGAAUUAGAGGACGCCGGAGACGUCGCCGGUCUCCUCGGUGAUGCCGACCUAGAAGGAAUCGAUGAGAUGCCGAUGAUGGAAGCUGGAGCGAUCGGGGAAGAAGAAGAUAAAAGAAUGAUGCCAAUGGAAGGACAGACUGCGCAGGACUACCUUCUAGAACUCUACGAGCGAGACAGGAGGGGAGCAAGGUGGAAUAAGAAUUUUAUGGGUAUAAGUUCACUGGACCGAUCCAUUACAGCAUACACAUCAUUCCUGCCCUGUAGAGUUGAAGGCAUGUGUAAGCAAAAGUUCAAAAAGACAUUCCGCUGCAAGUGCAAUCAACAUACUUACUGCGUUGGACCCGGCAAGAAGUACGAGGCUCGUUGCAGAUACAGCGCAGUGGGGCAUGUCUUCUAUCAGCCGUAAGAUGGCAGCAUACAGGAACCAAAGAUUUCGCCACAAUGGGGGGAGGUACAAACCUUCAUCCAGGGGUUACAGACUCGUCAAAACUAUCAA